CCGUGGCAUUCGCGGCACCACAACCACUCCAUCCAAAGCCAGUGACCAUAACAACAGAACCAGCACCAGAGCCAAGGGCUGAGAACGGUUGGCCCAUGAAAUGUGUUUAAUUACCAAUUGCAACAAUUAACAGUUUCAAGUGCACAGCGAACGUCAUAAGAACGAGUAGGUGUUUAAACGUUGGCCAUAUCCACCACAAAGCGGAGUUUCAAAAUGGAACUGAAAGGUGUUCAUCAGCAGAAUGGUACCAGCAAUGGCACAGGUGCUGUAGGAGCAGAGGGAGAAUCGGCCCCACCAACUGCACCAGCAACAGCAGAAGCAGCCGCAUCUUUAGAAACCACAACAGAAAAGGUGGACGCGGAGCAGCAGAAGCCCGAGCGCACCAAUUGGGGCAAUGGCCUGGAGUUCCUCAUGUCCUGCAUAUCGGUGUCCGUGGGGCUGGGCAAUGUCUGGCGAUUCCCCUUCACGGCGUACGAGAAUGGUGGCGGUGCCUUUCUUAUACCCUACAUCAUUGUGCUCUUCCUGAUUGGCAAGCCCAUGUACUAUCUGGAAAUGAUCAUGGGACAGUUCACCAGCCAGGGCACUGUGAAGAUCUGGUCAGUGGUCCCCGGCUUUGUUGGCGUGGGCUACGGCCAGGCCUUUGCCACCAUCUGCAUCAUCACCUACUACUCCUCGCUGCUGGCCCUGACGCUCUACUAUCUCUUUGUGUCCUUCCAAUCGGUGCUGCCCUGGUCCUACUGCUGGGAAGAGUGGAUGAACUGUGUCGACUCGCGGCCGCAGGAGGACACGGAUGCUCUGCUCUUGAGCAGCAGCAACGUCACUAACGUCACCGCACUGACGGACACAGUGAAGCUUCAGAGCAGCUCCGAGCUCUACUUUUUGAAUGUGGUGAUUAAGGAGAAGAUGGACAUAUCCGACGGUAUUGGUGACCCCGACUGGAAGCUGACGCUGGCUCUGUUCGUCUCCUGGGUGGUCAUCUUCCUUGUGAUAAUGCGCGGUGUUAAGAGCUCCGGCAAAGCGGCCUACUUCCUGGCCCUUUUCCCCUACGUGGUGCUAUUCAUCCUGCUGGUCAGGGCCGUCACCUUAGAAGGUGCACGGGAUGGCAUUAUCUUCUUCCUGGAGCCGCAAUGGGGGGAGCUCUUGAAUCCCACAGUGUGGAAGAAUGCCGUCGUCCAGUGCUUCUUCUCGCUGGCCGUCGGCUCGGGGCCGAUCAUCAUGUUUGCCUCCUACAAUCGCUUCGAUCAUGGCAUCUACAGGGAUGCGAUGAUUGUGACCACCCUGGACACGCUGACGAGCUUGCUGGGCGGCAUUACGAUCUUUGCGAUUCUCGGCAAUCUGGCCCACAAUCUGCAGAUCGAGAACAUCCGUGAUGUGGUGCGCAGUGGCACUGGACUGGCAUUCAUCUCGUAUCCGGAUGCCAUCUCCAAGUUCCAGGCAGUGCCGCAGCUCUUCUCGGUGCUCUUUUUCUUCAUGCUGUUUGUCCUGGGCAUCGGAUCGAUUGUGGCCCUGCAGAGCACCAUUGUGACGAUCCUUUGCGAUCAGUUCAAGAGCUGGAAGUACUGGAAAGUGGCGCUGGCCACCUCCAUAUGCGGCUUCCUUAUGGGCCUGGUCUAUGUGACACCAGGUGGACAGUGGAUCCUCACGCUGGUAGACUUCUAUGGCGGCACCUAUGUGGUCUUCAUUUUAGCCAUUUUCGAGUUGGCAGGCAUUGUCUGGAUCUAUGGUAUGCAGAACUUUUGCGACGAUGUGGAGUUCAUGUGCAACCGAAGGGUGUCUCUAUACUGGAGAGUUUGCUGGUCCUUCUUCACGCCCGUCAUGAUGAUCGUCAUCUUCAUCUACUCCAUGGUUACCAUUGAGCCCAUUACCUACAGCGAACAGUUCUUCCCGGAGGCGGGAAAUGUGGCUGGCUGGCUGCUGUUUGGCAUCGGAGCCGCACAGUUCCCACUCUGGUGGAUGUGGUACAUCUCCCAACACAGGGAGGGCAGCUUGGGCCAAUCCUUUGUGGCCUCGUUGCGGCCCAGCGAUAAGUGGGGUCCGGCCAAUCCCGAAACGAAACGUCAAUGGGUGAUCUUCAAGAACGAGAAGGCCGCCCAGCGAGCCACCAAGAAGCAGUCCUCCAAGCUGGGCGCCUUCUGGCAGAAGCUGGGCCACUUCUGUGGUAGCAAUACCUAGGGUAUAGAUAUCCGGAAUAGAUCUUCGAUAUCUGAGAUUAGGUUUAUCGUUUAGUAUCCGUGUGUUAGUUGUAUGCCAUUUUCAGCCUCUAUGAAGCCAUCACAAAUGCCGACACAAAGCCACAGGCAGACCCUUCAAACAAAUAUACUUAAAUGUGUGAAGCGGAGUGAUCCCUUGCUAGCAUCAUUUACAUGUACAUAUAUAAUAUAUUAAUAAAUUUCCCGUUUUUUUUUUGUUUUUGUUGUCCUAUGUAUAAAUCGAAUCGUAUCAGAUAAUAAACUAUGAUACUCGUCAUAUUUCAAAA